CACUUCUGUGUUAAAAUAUUAUUUUAUAAAAACGCUAUUUGACGAUGAGAUAUGCAAGUGGAACUCCUUUCUAUUUCUACGCGUUUCUUACCCAAUGAAAAGUGUGAAUUUGACUGACGAAAAUUAAUGUUUCAUUUGGAGUAGAAGUUUGGCUUUGGUAUAUACGACGCCUUCAUACAUUGCACGUCCGAUGUAGAUUACUAUAGGCAAGCACAAUUCCCUGCAAAUCAAAGCUUGUUAUCCUGAAAGUGUCGCCUGAUUCCGUCAACAUGCCCGUGGCUUUAAGUGAGUGGAGGAUCCGAAUCGGAACUUUUAUCCAUAGGAUAAAAGAAUGGGUGGUCAGAGAGAUGAGAGAAGAAUUGCUUAAAGAACGUAUUCAGAGGCUAAGAGUUCUUUGGGAACGACUCAAAGCGAAGAAGGAUGAUUCUGAAGGAGGGUCGCAAGAUCACAAGCCCAGACAAGAUGAAGUGGAUUCAUGUGAUUCUUCGUUGGUAAAUCAACAAGGCGAUGCCGAACCAAGCACUAAAGCGGGUCAAGAUUCACCACAGCCGUGUUGUGUAGGGAGUGAUACGUUACAUCAUGAACCAUCUGGUCAAACGGUAACAUCUCAGACAGUCUCCGCUUCAUUAAGUACACCGACACAUCCAACCUCGGAAGUUUGCCUAUCCCGCCCCUUUCUGUCUUCCUUUCUGUCUCCUUCCUUUUAUUUUUGCUUUCCUGUUAUUUUCCUAUUAUUUUCUUCGUUAUUGUUGUCCCUUUCUCCCGGAUUUGGUAUUCCCGUUUCUGUUUCUCUUCCCUUCCUUGUCGUCUUUCUCUUUUUACUUUCACUUUUUCUUUCCACUUUCCUUCCCUUUUCCCGACGGGAGCGAAGUUUUAGAGAGUGUCACAACUCCACAGCCUCUGCCUCAAACAACGGCUCUGGCACGAACGAAGCGGUUAAUGAACAGUUACCUCAGCAGCCUAAUCUACAAGAGUUAAUGCUUGUUACUGCUGGGGAUGUGGAGCUCAACCCAGGCCCUCGUGAAUGUACUCUUCAAGAAAAGGAACUUGUAUUACUUGCGAAAGAGGUUCCUGGUAACGUAUACGACGAGUUGUGCAUCGGUCUUGGCUUCAGCUACACAGAGGGCCAGAAUGUUCUGACAAAAUGUCUCCUAGACAUCCCAGGAGCUUUGAUCGAACUGUUCUGCCGAUGGAAAAUCAGGCAGAGAGAUGGCACAGACUGCAGGGCAGUACUCGGAGGAAUUUUGAAAGAUACCAACAUGGGUUCGCUUCAGAAAAGGCUACUGGAAGGAGAAUAUCUUAAAUCUGAAACUGAAGAGAAUGUGUCGAAUCAGGGGACCGGCGAACAGGACAUGACUGAGGAGCAGAUUUCUCGGUGCGCUGAAGAUCUGAAGUCAUUCUAUAGAGAACGGAUGUGUAAAAUAAAGCCCGAUCCUCUUGCUUUCGAUCUAAUGUUUGAAUUCGAAGAAAUUUACACUAACCUAGCCCUUCUCAGAAAUGUAACGGGGAUAACGAAGAAGAAAGGAUCACUUAAAUACAAGGAUCUUCUAACUACAAAGAUUAAUGGAGUACCUCCUAAACGUCUCCUAGUUGAAGGUGAAGGUGGGGUUGGUAAAACAACACUAUGUUCAAAGAUUGCUUGGGACUGGACCAAUGGAUCAGAAGCGUAUAAUCAUUUCAGUUGGGUACUUGUUGUACCAUUGCGCAACGUUAUCAAGGGUGAAGCAAUUGGGGAUAUCAUGAAAAAAUAUCUUAACAAUAAUAAUAACGUAAGCCCCGAACAGAUCGCGAAUUACAUGAAAUCCCAUCCUUCGGAGAUUCUGAUUAUACUUGAUGGAUUUGAUGAGUAUAAUGGGGACCUCUCGACCGAUGACACUUCAGAUAUUUUUAGGAUUCUACGCUUGGAAAUGUUGAAGCAGUGCACAGUCCUGGUGACAACGAAACCAUGGAGGGCAGGUCAGAUCAAAUGCAACCAGGAACUGAGUCGUUCUUAUUGCUUUAUUGCUGUAGAGGGAUUUAGUACUAAAAAUGUAUCGAAAUACAUCGGAAAAUUCUUUGCAAAGGAUAGACAGUCUGGAUUAGAUCUACAGCAGUUCAUACAAGGAAAUGACGUCAUCAAGGAGAACAUGGCCCCGUUCCCAAUCUACGUAGCCAUGCUUUGCGUCUUGUGGAAAGACAUCGGCGUUGAGAAACGAGAAAUAAUACGCAAACUGAAAACAUUCUCACAAUUAUUUGAACAAAUGAUAAUUUUCUUACGAGACCAUUAUCUAUCAAAAUUGAAGUCUAGCAACACUCUGAAUGAAGAACAAUCGAAAAAUGAAUUGAAAGCUGCUGAAAAAUGCCUCAAGCAGAUCGGUUCUGUCGCAUUUCAGGGGCUCCUAGAAAAGAAGUUGGUUUUCAAAGUUGAUGACUUCAGCUCUUGUAAGGACGCCAUGACAACAAGUUGCAGAAUAGGGAUACUUAGCAAAGAGCAAGAACAUGUACCUAGACAUAAAAGAUCCAUUCGUGAUUCCCAGGCUGUAACAGCAAAGGUUUUCUUUGCUCAUAAACUGUUCCAGGAAUACGUGGCAGCUCUCUAUCUUGCUUCUGUUUAUGAAUCUGAUCUCCAAAAAUACAACGGGUUGACGGAAACAUUAAUGAAAAAAAAUCACCAGGAGUUCCGUUUUCUCCUUUAUUUCACCGCUGCUCAGCUAAAAGAAGCAGGAUUAGACAUUGUAGAUAGAUUACAUCAUUUAUAUUCUGGAAAUAAAAAAUCGAAGAAGAAAACAGAUAUUGCUUUCCUUGUUGACGUCACUUUCGAAUCAUAUCACGAAGAUGCUGCAAAGAGGGUAGGACAAUGGCUAGAUGCUGAAGACAGAGCAUUGACGAUCAACAAGGCGCUGUCUGCGCAUACGGUGUCUGGAUACCUGUUCAUCAACGAACAUCAUGGAGUGAAAACACUGGACGUAAGAAAAUCAAAGCUUGGCUCGUCGACAUCUCUUGUUAUAGCCAACGCAGUUUUAUCGUCCAGCUCAUUGACAACAUUGAAACUUUUGGAAACAGAUCUCCACGAUAAUUUCUAUAAAUUCAUCUUAGACCAUAUUUCAAAGGACGGGACAACGACCAGCAAUGUUCAACAGCUACGUACAGAUCAUAGGCUGAUUGGAAAAUUACACAACUUUGGCACAAGAAUUGCAUUAGUAUUCCCUAUGCUGAAAAAAAUGAGUAUAUCAACUCUUCAAACUAUCUCACCGGCAAUAGUUCAAUCGUUGGCACAUGCCAGCCUGAAAGAGUUGUCAAUUGAGCAUGGAGAUGAAGACACAAGAGGUAUACGGUCCUUAAAUAGCAAUCUGAUUGCACUGAUUGGAGAACCUGAUUUACUUGGGAGACUUUUUUCAGAUGCUUUCCCUGAACUCACCUCUCUAGUCUUCAUAAAGCUGAUGAUGGGCAACAAACGCACUGAAUCUAUUCUUCGAAAUCUAAGAAAACACCAGCAUUUGAAAACAAUAAGUAUCAUCGAUUGUUUUACCGAUGACGAACUGGAUCAUCUGGCAGAAGAAAUAAAUGCUGAGAACAGGAUGAAAAUAACGCUCAAACAUAACGAGGGACAAAGGAGAUUGCACAUCAACUUGUUAUCAACAGACUUGUUAGAUGCACUUUGCAAUCGAACGAGAUUUUGUGAGUUGACUCUAACCGGACUAGGGCAGGAUGACUUUUGCUUUCCAGACCUUCAUGACAAAGAGGUUGAUUCAAAAGUAAGUGAAAUUCCCCUGUUGCUGAAGAUGAUCUUCCUUUUCGGGGAUGGAGGGGGGCUUUUUAGAAAAUAUCAACCAUGA